GUUGUCAGUUGUCAGUAAAUAUGAGUAUCAAUUAAUCAUUAUUUCAAUGCAUUUAACAAUUUAAUUCUAAAUCAAAAUGGAUAAUAUGACGUUAAAAGAAAUACAGAAUAAAUUGUUAUUAUGGGAAGCUUCAGAAAAUCCUUUGGCACCGUUAACUUCGAGCCAACGAGAAGCUAUAUUGGAUUUAGAAGCUCUUAUCCAAGGUUCAUCUUCAGUUGAAGAGAUUAAAGAAACCCCUAUUGAAGAUAAUGAAGAUAUAGCCCCAAUUGAGACUGUAUAUGAUUUCUUGAAUUGGUAUGAAACUUUGAAUGAGCAAAAUAUUAAAAAAAAUGAUGCACCAUAUGAAGCAUACUACAAACAGCUAGAAGAAAGGAGAAAUGAGUGUGUUGCUUUAACUGAUCAGAUAUCCUCCACCAUGUCGGAUCUGAAUAAGUUAUCUGAUGAAUAUAAUCUUGUUUCCAAUAAAACAAAUGCAUUACAUACUAUGAGUGAACAGUUACUGGCCGAUCAAAAUAAACUAUCUGGAAUAGGUGAUGAUAUAAAACAGAAGAUGCACUAUUUCACUCAAGUGGAACAUUUGUCACAGCGUUUAAACAGCACAACUAUGUCAGUAAAUAGCGAACAGUUCUUCAAUGUUCUAGCUAAGAUUGAUGAAUGCUUGGACUACAUGCGGGCAAAUAGUACUUUCAAAGAAGCUUACACAUACACCGUCAAGUACCGUCACCUCCAAAGCCGUGCUAUAUCCCUUAUUCGCGGUUACGUGAAUCAUAUACUGAAUCACGCUACGGAGCAAGUACUUACUCCGGACGACCCGAUGGAGAACGAAGCAAUGGACACGGCGUAUGCAGUGUAUUUUGGUAAAUUUCAAGCCGCUGCACCAAAGUUACGGAUGGUGAUAAGUGAAAUUGAAAAAAGAGCGGUCACUAACGAAGACUACGCGUCGCUGCUGGCGGACGUGCAGCGCGAGUACGCGGGGCGACGGCGGCGCGUGGCGGGCGGCGCGGCGGCGGGCGCGCUGGCGGCGGCGGCGCGGCGCCAGGCGGGCGACCACUGCGCCUCGCUGCGCGCCGCCUGCUCGCUGCUGGCGCUGGCCGUGCGCGACGAGUGCGCGCUCUACGAACACUUCUUCGCGCAGCCUUCGCCGGCGCUCGAUGAGUACCUCCAGUCACUAUGCAACGGGUUAUAUGAAACUCUUCGUCCCCACAUCAUCCACAUCAAUCAUUUGGAGACGCUCGCAGAACUUUGCGUAAUUCUGAGGGUCGAAGUCAUCGAGGAACAAGUCAACAACGAUCGCUCGCUGAGCGCGCUGGGCGCGGCGGCGCGCGCGCUGCUGCAGGACGCGCAGGAGCGCCUCGUGUUCCGCGCGCACGUGCACCUGCGCGCCGACGUGCUGCGGUACCGCGCCGCGCCGGGCGACCUCGCCUACCCCGACAAGCUGCUCAUGAUGGAGCAAAUAGCCAUGUCUCUUCAAGACCAAAGUCUAAAACGAAGCGAUUCCCGCAAUUCCGUGGUGUCAGAUGUAUCAGCCACAUCGCAAGAAGUUGCCAACAUUAACGUGGAAGCUCAGAGGAGACCACAAGCGUCUCCUGCCGAUCUCCACGGAAUGUGGUAUCCUGGUGUAAGAAGAACUCUAGCAGCACUAUCCAGACUUUACAGAUGUCUUGAAAAACGCGUAUUUCAAGGUCUAGCACAAGAAGCUAUUUCGCUUUGCGUCCAAAGCGUGGACAUGGCAGCGAAGCAGAUAUCCGCGAACAAAACCAACAUAGAUGGUGAAUUGUUCCAAAUAAAACACCUUUUGAUUUUAAGAGAGCAAAUAGCCCCCUUUCAAGUGGACUUCGUUGUGAAAGAGACGACCUUGGACUUCAGUAAUGUUAAGAACGCAGCAUAUGGGUUAAUUCAAAAGCCGAGACAGAUAUUUUCGCUAAACAGUAACAAUGCCUUACUAGAAUUUCUCUUAGAAGGCACGCCGUUAGUUAGGGAACAUCUGUUGGAUUCCAGAAAGGAAGUCGAUAGACAGUUGAAGAAUUGUUGCGAGUGUUUUAUCAAGUAUUCCACGGAAAUACUCGCUGGACCAUUGAUUGAAUUUAUUGAGAAGGCUCAAGCAAUUACGCCACCUGAACAAUUAAAAUCUCAACUUUGGGCCACUCCUGGCAAAUUGGCAGUUGCCGUGAAAGAAGCACAGAAACGGAUUAAGACUCAUCUAGCACCAUUGCAGAGAUCAAUGCAAUUAUAUUUGGCAAAUAAAGAGACUGAGUUCAUAUUGUUUAGACCAAUAAGGAAUAAUGUUGUUGGGUACUUUGUUCAAUUAGAGCAAAUAUUAGCGAAUUCAGGAUUUACUUAUGAUGACUUAUUAAUUGUUGCCUGCCCAACACCAGAACAAGUAUCAGUAUUUAUUUCAUCUGCGAGUUUGAUUAGUCAUUCAGAACCAGUGCUGCCAUAUGGAAAAAAGAAGCCAACAAAUGUCAUUCAUAGACCUAGUGUUACCAGUGUACCAGAAACGUUAGAGGAAAAAAAUAUAAGCCCUCCUAGCGAAAAUCCUUCAACCUGUCAAUAAAUUCUAAAAUUUAUUCAUUACAUAAUGAUGUUAAUAAAACAGAUAAUUCCAUUAAAUUAAAAGAACCGUAAUAUGUGU